ACACUGACUGCCCAUUACACACUGCCUUCGUAUUUCAAGACUGAAUAACUUCUCAUUUUCCAAAUCCUCAAUUAGUUCUCCACCACAAUGGCAGUAGAACAAAUCUCUGAUCUUGAUUUUGUCGAUGCUUUCUACGUCUCUGCCAUCAUAGAUGAAUCGGAUGAAGAAGCACAACACGAUGAAACCUUUCCAAUUUCAGAUGCCAAAUAUGCAGAGGCACUGCAAUUCCAGGAAGCUCUAAUGGGCUCCGUAAUGAUAUCUCAAAUGAAGAACUCGAUCACCACUGCCACCAUCAUCAACACUUGCAAAAUCAGUAACCCAUCAUCACUUUUGAUGAUAGAACCACCUCCAGUAGUCCCAAAUUCUCCAACGGAAACAGGUCAAUCAUCUCAGAUUUUCUGUGAAAUAUGCGUGGAAAAGAAAGAAACUGAUCAAAUGUUCGCGACAGACAGCUGCAUCCAUUCUUUCUGUUUAGAUUGUGUUGGCAAAUAUGUAGGUACAAAAAUUCAAGAAAGCCAAACUAUUGUCACUUGCCCCGGAAUGAACUGUAGGGCAGUUCUUGAACUUGACAUUUGCAGGACUAAGCUUGCCAAAGGAGUGAUUGAUUCUUGGGAGGAAGCACUAUGCAAAGAGAUGAUAAGCACGCUGCAGAGUUUUUACUGCCCAUUCAGGGAUUGUUCUGCACUGUUGGUGAAUGAUAAUGAAGGAGAAGUUAUCAGGGAAUCUGAAUGCCCUUUUUGCCACAGAUUGUUUUGUGCACAAUGUUAUGUUCCUUGGCAUUCUGGUAUCGAGUGCGAAGCCUUUCAGAGGUUGAAUGAGGACGAGAGAGGAAGGGAAGAUUUGAUGGUCAUAGAACUAGCAAAAGAGAAGAAAUGGAGUCGAUGUCCGAAGUGCAGAUUUUAUGUGGAAAGAACACAAGGGUGUCCUCACAUGGUUUGCAGGUGUGGUUUCCAGUUUUGUUAUGGAUGCGAAUUGGAGUGGACUGGGAAUCAUGGUGGUUGCCAUAAAAAUUAGAUGCAUGAGAUGAGAACAAUGGCAUGCAUGCUAUUGCAGUACAAUUAGAAACCUGUACGGAAGGCAUCUUUUAUGUGAUCUAAGGAAUGAAUAUUGUCUGAAACUAAGGCUUGGUUGUUCUUCA